GGAGCCAUGUGCUCGGGAGACCAUCUGGGUGCUAAUUGUCGAACCUGGGUCAGCAGCAUGCAAUGCAAAAUGGCCUGCCAGCUGUGCUAUUGCUCCAGCCCCCCAGGACUAUAUCUUUUCUUACAGCUACAACACAAUUUCAUUGUAUAUAUUUGCCACAGCUUCUUUAUUCUUCAUGCUUUAUCAGCAUUGCUGCACUUUUAGGUUUUCAUGGAAUAAGCACUGAGAAGGCCCCUUCUGAACUGUCAAGUGUCAAAUCUGUUCGAUCUGAAGGCAUGCCCGUGUGGAAGGUGUUGGAGUGGGGUGGAGGAUGGAGAGGUGCCCUCUGAGUGGAGCAUUUUUCUAGUGAUCUCUCAGAAUCAUCUGCCCUGAUGACUCACCCUUAUGACAUGUGUGGCCCUAUCUCGACAAGUUCUUUCCCCCUGGAUCAACACCAAGAUGCCCACUGUGGCCUGAGGCCUGGGACAUGGGGCACAGGUGGGAUGUGUGGGAGCCAAAUCUGCUGCAGUAAAGACUUUAAUCUAAACCUGAAGUCACACGAAACAGAAAAAUUCAGAACAGAGAAAGAAAAUUCCUUGCUUCUGAGGAGCUGUACCACUUGUGAAGAGCCUCGCUUGUUAGAGACACCUUCCACGGGUGAGGAGGAGCAGCAACAAGUGCCCAGUUUGUACUGUCAACAGCAAAAGGCCAGCCAUAGACAGAGGAAGGCAGCAAACACUGAAAGUAGCAAGGCCUGUCCUGCUGAAGAAAUGCCUCACAGGUGCACCGAGUGUGGGAAAACCUUCAGCCGCAAGGACACACUGGUCCAGCACCAGCGGAUCCACACUGGGGAAAGGCCGUACGAGUGUGGUGAGUGUGGGAAGGCCUUCAGCCGCAAGGCCACGUUGGUCCAACAUGAGAGAAUCCACACUGGGGAACGGCCUUAUGAGUGUGGCGAGUGUGGGAAAACUUUCAGUCGCAAAGACAACUUGACUCAGCACAAAAGAAUUCACACGGGAGAAAUGCCUUACAAAUGUGGCGAAUGUGGAAAGUUCUUCAGCCAUCACUCCAACUUGGUUGUCCACCAAAGAGUCCACAAUGGUGUAAGGCCUUACAAGUGCAAUGAUUGUGGAAAAGUCUUCCGGCACAAGCCCACACUGGUUCAGCAUGAGAGCACUCACACUGGGGAGAACCCUUACGCUUGCAGUGACUGUGGGAAAUGCUUUGGCCACAGAUAUAACCUCAUUAAGCACCAGCGAAUUCACACUGAAGCAAGGCCUUUUGAGUGCAGGGACUGUGGGAAAUUCUUCAGUCGGAGCUCUGACUUUAUUGUGCACCAGAGAGUUCACACUGGUGAAAGGCCUUUCGUAUGCAGCAAAUGUGGAAAAGACUUCAUCAGAACCUCUCACCUCGUUCGGCACCAGAAGAUCCACACUGGAGAAAGGCCCUAUGAGUGCAACAAGUGUGGGAAAUGCUACAGCCUCAGCUCCCAUCUCGUUCGGCACCAGAAGGUCCACACUGCAGGCCGGCUGUAGGCCCUGAGGCAUCCAUCAUCAUCUGACAGGCACAUCAGUCCCACGCUGGACAUUAGUCCUAGAAAAUGCCUUUUGAAUAUCAAGCCAAGGGAAGUUUUCAAGUCCUCUGACCCGUUUUGAAACCAGAUUGAAGUUCCUUGCUGGAUUUGCCUUUGUUGUCAAAGCCUGUGGUUGAAACCAUAGAAAGUCUCCUGGCUCCAUCACCCUGGUAUGCGAAGGGAAGGCAGAAUCCUCACAUUCUUCAAGCCAUGGGCAAGGUGCUGAGAACCCCAGGUUCUAAGGAAGCUCUGCAUUCCUCCCUAAACAGGUUUGCUUUUCUCACGGGGAUCAUUUCUUUCACAGGAAAUGGUAACAGGAUUUCCAGCUUGGAGAACACUUUACCUCAUGUUUCUCUGCUUUUU